AGAAUAGUUUAGGUUAAAUUUCUUAAAAAAACAAAAUAUAAAAAAAAAUAGCACAAACUAAAUAUAUUAAAAAAAUAUAAUUUUCCAAGUUUGAUUUAUGCACCUUCCAUAAAAAUAAAUAAUUUUUUGUAACUAAUAAAUUAGAUUAUUAGAAAUAGAAGACAUUUUAGAAAAAGUAAGAAUUAGAAGAAGAAAAGAGGAAAAUGGCGAAUGUAGUUGCCGGCGGAAGUCCGAUGAUCGUGUGGAACGAAGGUGGAAAGAGAUUCGAAACAGAUGACAAGAAAGCGUACUUAGAGUAUGUCCUUAGAAAUAACGGAAAAGUUAUGGAUUUGGUUCACACUUUUGUCCCUCCUUCCAAGAGAGGUUUGGGUUUAGCUUCUCACCUCACACUCGCUGCCUUCAAUCACGCUUCUUCUCAUUCCUUAUCUAUUAUCCCUACCUGUUCCUACAUCUCUGAAACAUUUCUUCGGCGGAACCCAUCUUGGAAUUCUGUUUUGUACAAAGAGAUUGGCGAAUCUAAAAUCUAAACUUACAGAGCAGUGUGCCUCUAAACGCUUGUCUGUUUUCAUCAAAAUAUAGCCCAUAUGUGGUUAAGGGGUUCUAGUACUUAAAUUACAGUGUUUGGAUUCAUAGAACAGAAUACCAAGUUUGAUUUUCCCUUCUAUGAGAAGUGAUCUUACUUAAUAAAAUCACAGUUGUUUGGUAAUAGAUUUUUGCCUUCAAUCA